AUGGCAACUAGUGGAAACAAUACGGCGGUGUACGGGGGUGAUGAGAUCAAUGCGAUUGUCUUAGAUCCAGGGUCAUAUUACUCGCGGGUCGGGUACGCUGGAGAUGAUUUCCCCAAAUUAGUAAUUGAAUCGGCCUAUGGUGAAAGUAAAGACGGAGGUAAACGAUUCUAUGGCGAUCGCGUAGGACUUGCACGGGAGAAUUAUGAAGUCAAGCCAAUCAUCAAAGAUCUGAUGGUAACAGAUUGGGACGCAGCAGUAGAACAGUACCGGUACUGUUUUGAAGAGUAUUUGCAAUUACAAUAUGACGAACAACCAAUAUUAAUCACCGAGCCUGUUUGGACUCAACAUCGGUACCGUCAGAAACUUAUAGAAACAUUCUACGAAGAAUUUGACUUCCCAGCUUUAUAUUUGGCAAGGAAACCUACGUGUGUUUCAUUCCAACAAGGUAGAGCCAAUUGUUUGGUUGUUGACAUUGGACAUGAUUCAGUUAGUGUUACUCCGGUUAUUGAUGGGAUAUCACUUUUGAAAAAUUCAAUGAAAACAAAUUACGCUGGGGCUUUUAUUAAUGAUCAUAUUGAAGACUUAAUCAGCAGUCAAUACCCUAAACUCUGUACUGAUUCCUAUUAUAAGAUACGAAGCAAAACCCCUACUACUUAUCCAGAGCCUGCCCAAUGUGUUUACAGAGCACUUCCCAAUGGUGGUAUUGGUGUCACUCCCCUGUUCGAUACAUAUAUGAAGCAACACCUAUGGCAUGAAGUUAAAGAAGCAUUGGUUGAAGUUCCUGAUUCCAAAUUACAUGGUGGUAGUAAAAACAUUUCCAACUCAAUAUAUAAUCAAGAUCAAUACAAGAGACAGUUUCAGUUCCCUGCUGGACAAUAUGUUACUUUUGGAAUUGAACGGUUCGAAUUGGCUGAUUGCAUUUUUGAUCCGGUUAGUUAUUCAUUCAAGAAUGCCAAAUAUACCGAGAAAUAUCCUCCAAGCAAUGGGGAAUUAACAUUGAAGAAUACCCAUGAAGAUUAUAAGCCAUUGAAAAGAGCAAGAAAAGCCGAAUCAAACCAAUCAACACCUCCACCUCUGGAUAGACUGCAUAUCACUGGCAUAAGAGGAUUAACAGAAUUGGUCUCCUCAACAUUAUCUAACAUCGAUAUUGAUUUAAGAGCACUGACAGCCCAUAAUAUUAUAGUUACUGGAGGAGGAUCAUUGAUACCUCAAUUGACCGAUCGGUUAUAUAAUGAAUUAUCCAGUAUCAAUCCAGGGUUAAAGAUUAGGUUACAUGCAGUUGGGAAUGCCAGUGAAAGAACCAACCAAGCAUGGAUUGGAGGAUCUGUGUUACUGUCGUUAGGAACUUUCCAUCAGAUGUGGGUUUCUAAACAUGAAUAUGAAGAAGCCGGACCCGACCGGAUACUUACGCAAAGAUUCCGGUAA